UCAAACAAUUCCUAACCUCUAGAAGACGUGAGUGAACGUUGGUGAACGAUAUUGUUGAUCGAGUUGGUGCAUAGUUUUAUUUUUUUAAAUUAAUUUCUAAAUAAAACUCAUCAUGAAACGCAAAGUAGAUUUCGACGGGAACGUUUACGUAUUCAAUGAUGAAGAUUUGCCAUACGAAGAGGAGAUUCUUCGCAACCCAUAUUCAGUAAAACACUGGCUGCGAUAUAUCGAUCAUUUAAAAACAACCAAGAGCCCGAAUUUAAAUAUCGUGUACGAACGUUCACUGAAAGAGCUUCCUGGUAGUUACAAACUAUGGUACGGGUAUCUGUGUCACCGGGUGAGUCAACUGAAGGAUCGUCGGCUUGACGAUCCGCUUUACGAUGAUGUCAAUAAUGCGUACGAACGCGCGCUGAUUUUUAUGCACAAAAUGCCCCGUGUCUGGAUCGAUUACUGCACGUUGAUGACCGAGCAGUGUUUCAUCACCAGGACCAGGCACAUUUUUGAUCGCGCGCUCAGAGCGUUGCCUAUAACGCAGCACCACCGGGUAUGGCCGCUGUACCUGGGGUUCGUCAAAAGUCAUGACAUUCCUGAGACCGGUAUCAGAGUUUUCCGCCGGUAUUUAAAACUGGCGCCCGAAGACACUGAAGAUUAUAUUGAGUAUUUAAUUUCUAUUGAUCGUCUAGAUGAGUCUGCAGUCAAGCUCGCCCAUAUUGUCAACCAGGAUGACUUCGUUUCAAAGCACGGGAAGUCGAACCAUCAACUUUGGAACGAACUGUGCGACUUGAUUUCCAAGAACCCCAGGAAAAUAAAGUCACUGAAAGUCGAUCCGAUUAUCAGAGGAGGUCUCCGGAGGUACACAGAUCAGGUGGGAUCACUUUGGAAUUCUCUGGCUGAUUAUUAUAUUCGCAGUGGUCUGUUUGAAAGAGCGAGAGACAUUUAUGAGGAGGCGAUCCAGACUGUGUCGACUGUCAGAGAUUUUACUCAGGUGUUCGAUGCCUACUCGCAGUUUGAAGAGAUCGCUACCAAGAAACGCAUCGAAGAAAUCAACAACAAUCCCAACAGAACUGAAGACGAUGAAGUGGAACUGGACCUACGGCUAGCGAGGUUUGAAUAUCUUAUAGAACGGAGACCUUUGCUGCUAAACUCGGUCUUACUGAGGCAGAACCCGCACAAUGUUCCCGAGUGGCACAAGCGAGUGAAACUCUACGAAGGACAACCGCAUGAAAUAAUAAAUACUUUUACAGAAGCUGUUCAAACCGUAAAGCCUCAGUUGGCUGUCGGGAAACUCCACACCCUCUGGGUGGCAUUCGCUAAAUUCUAUGAAGAGAACGGACAGAUUCCCGACGCGCGGGUGGUCUUCGAAAAAGCGACCCACGUUCCCUAUACUAAAGUUGAUGACUUGGCUUCAGUCUGGUGCGAGUGGGCCGAGAUGGAGAUCCGCCAUAACUUCUGCAUAGAAGCUCUCAAGCUGAUGCAUCGCGCCACUGCAAUGCCGUCAAGAAAAGUCGGGUAUUAUGAUGAAUCCGAGACUGUGCAGAUGAGAUUAUACAAGUCGCUGAAGGUCUGGUCGAUGUACGCCGACCUAGAGGAGAGCUUCGGAACUUUCAAAACUUGCAAAGCUGUCUAUGAUAACAUAAUUGAUUUAAAAAUAGCAACACCCCAGAUUAUCAUCAACUACGGAAUGUUUUUGGAGGAGAAUAAUUACUAUGAAGAAGCAUUCAGAGCUUAUGAGAAAGGUAUCGCUCUGUUUAAAUGGCCAAAUGUCUUCGACAUCUGGAAUACUUAUUUGACAAAAUUCUUGGACAGAUACAAAGGAACUAAACUGGAGAGAACUCGUGAUCUAUUCGAGCAGUGUCUGGAACAUUGUCCUCCAAAAUACGCCAAAGUAUUUUAUUUACUUUACGCAAAAUUGGAGGAAGAGCACGGACUUGCCCGGCAUGCGAUGAAUGUCUACGAGCGCUCCAUCAAGGCUGUGCCCAAUGAAGAGAAAUUCGAGCUGUUCAAUAUUUACAUAAAGAAAGCUGCCGAAAUCUACGGCGUGCCCAAGACGAGAGAAAUUUACGCGGAAGCUAUUGAGGUUCUCAGUGACGAGAACUCGCGGGAAAUGUCUCUGAGGUUCGCUGAGAUGGAGACUAAAUUGGGCGAAGUGGAUCGCGCACGUGCUAUUUACAUUCAUUGCAGCGAGAUUUGCGACCCGCGAGUGACCUCGAGGUUCUGGCAGAUCUGGAAGGAGUUCGAGGUCCGUCAUGGUAAUGAGGACACGAUGCGCGAGAUGCUGAGAAUAAAGAGAAGUGUCCAGGCGAUGUACAACACGCAGAUCAAUAUGAUGACAGCGCAGAUGCUCAAUAGCACGGUGCCGCAGACUGAAAACACCGUGGAUGCAAUGAGGCUGCUGGAUAUCAAAGCUGCUGGUGCUGCUGCUGAAGGAAAGGCUCCAGCUGCUUCCAGGGGAACGAUCAGUUUCGUACGAGGGGUCACCGAAGGAGGAAAAGAUGACGGGAGAGUUAAAAAUCCUGAUGAGAUUGAUAUUGAUAUGGAUGAGGACGAGGAUGAGGAUGAUGCUGAUGAAGAAAUGGAAGAGGAAGAAGUUCCGGUUGAGAAACAGAUCAUUCCCUCAGAAGUAUUUGGGGGAUUGAAGCCUGUAGAUGAUGAAGAAGGCGAUUAAAUUUAUUGAUUUUUAUUAUUAUUAUUUUGAAUAAUCUUAUAGGUAAAUAAAAUUUUAUAUUUUAAGUAUUGUA